CGUCCUUUCUAUACGAUUGCAAUAUCUGUGCAAUGUCGUCGUACACGUGUUUUUGUCCUGUACACGGUUAGGAACGCGUUUAUAAUUAAAAACCGGGCGCAUUGUUAUUGCACGACUUGUGCAAUUUGAUAUUUUUCUGAAGUGGUGAUUUUUGAAGAACACGCAACAAUGGCUUUGUACAACUUCAAGAAAAUUGCGGUGGUCCCCACCGCAAAGGACUUCAUCGACAUAAUAUUGUCGAAGACACAGCGUAAAACGCCCACGGUUGUCCACAAGAAUUAUAAAAUCACCAGGAUACGAUCGUUUUAUAUGCGCAAAGUGAAGUUCACACAGCAGAAUUUCCACGACAGAUUGUCCCAAAUAAUACAAGAAUUUCCCAAACUCGACGAUGUUCAUCCGUUUUAUGCCGAUUUAAUGAACGUUUUGUACGACAAAGAUCACUACAAAUUAGCCUUGGGUCAGAUAAAUAUAGCAAGACAUUUAAUCGACAGCGUAUCAAAGGAUUACGUGCGUUUAAUGAAGUUCGGAGAUUCUCUGUACCGAUGUAAACAACUGAAGAAGGCUGCCUUGGGUCGUAUGGCCACCAUUAUGAAAAGGCAGGCAGCGAAUCUGGCUUAUCUCGAACAAGUUCGUCAGCACUUGGCCAGGUUACCCAGUAUAGACCCCUAUACACGUACCAUUAUAAUCUGUGGCUUCCCAAAUGUUGGUAAAAGCAGUUUCAUAAACAAGAUCACGCGAGCCGACGUUGAAGUUCAGCCGUACGCGUUCACAACGAAAUCAUUGUACGUCGGUCACAUGGAUUACAAAUACUUGAGGUGGCAAGUGAUCGACACUCCCGGAAUCCUAGAUCACUCUCUUGAAGAUCGAAACGUCAUAGAAAUGCAAGCAAUAACUGCGUUAGCACACUUGCGAGCAGCUGUACUUUAUUUCUGCGACAUUUCAGAGCAAUGUGGUCACACGUUGGACGAACAGGUGAAGCUGUUCGAAUCUAUCAAACCUCUUUUUGCGAACAAACCGUUGACGGUUGUAUUAAAUAAAGUAGACGUCUUACGGUUGGAGGAACUUCCAGAGGAAAAACAAACGCUUCUGAAAUCGUUGGAAGAUAAAGAAGUGCCUGUAUUAGAGAUGAGCACGAUAACCGACUUCGGGGUGAUGGACUUGAAAAUACAGGCUUGCGAACGUCUGUUGACCUACCGUGUCGAUCAAAAGAUACGAACGAAGAAGGUGGAUGGACUGCUGAAUCGUCUGCACGUCGCGCAACCGGUGCCAAGGGACGACAAGGUCCGCGCGCCGUGCAUUCCGGAGAGCGUUCUGAAGAAGAGGCAAGCGGCUGCAGAACAGAUGGCGAGAAAACGGAAAUUGGAGCGACACAUAGAAGAAGAACAGGGCGACGAUUACGUCCUGGACUUGAAGAAGAAUUAUGAUAUCGAGGGAGACCAGAAAUUCGACAUUAUCCCCGAAAUCUGGGAGGGCCACAAUAUCGCCGAUUAUAUCGACCCAGAUAUAUUCGAGAAAUUGAACCAACUCGAGAGGGAGGAACAGCUUCGAGAAGAGGCUGGUAUGUACGACUACAAGGUGCCGGAGUUGUCCGACACGAUGAAGGAGAUCGUGCAGUUGGCCAAGCAGAUUCGGGACAAGAAGGCGAUCAUGAAGGACGAGGCGAUGAUCCAGAAGGCCUCGACGAAACCUGUAAUGCCGCGCACGGCAGUGGCAAGAGGCCGAGACAGAUCGGUAACGAAGCUGAAGGAGCAAAUGGAAGACCUGGGCAUCGACAUGGAGGGUACCGAGGAGGCGCACUUCAUGAAAACAAGGGGCCGAUCAAGGUCGCUGUCUCAGCCGGCCAAGAAACGCAUGCGUGUGGACUCUGUCUCGCAGUCGCGAGCUCGAAGCAAUUCGAGACCGGCUCGCGACGACAUGGGCGUGAAGAACGUCGCCAUGAAGACGAAGCUGAAGAACAUAGCGCACAAGGCGCUGAAGAAGAAGAUCGCGAAGAAGGGUCUGAAGGGCGAGGCGGAUCGAUUCAUCGGCACGAAGAUGCCGAGACACUUGUUCUCCGGAAAGAGGGGCACCGGCAAGACGGACCGAAGAUAAUCGUAUUCGUUUCUCGCUAACGUUUAUGAGUAGGAGAUUGGUGUGUUUCAAACUACCGAAUGAAUUAAACUCCGCCGCGAACGUUUGUCAACCGGCGAAAAGCAGAACGCGAUUAGCCCGGAAUUAAAAGCGCGGCAGAUACCGCAACAAUAUGAAUGAAUUGUCUACGAUUGCAUAACUCUCCGGUUCGCCGGCGACCUUCGGCCCCGCUCGGGGCAAGCGACAUCGUGCGCCCGGCGAAACUUUAUUGCUGUCGCGCGACGAUAACCCCUCGCGGCUACACAGCUUACAAGACCCGUUGUUCAGCGGAUUUCUGUCGCUUGCCAUGUGUAACACCGCCGAUAACGACGAUUGUCGCGUUGAGCAACGUCUCUCUCGUUGCCUCAUAAAUGUCGGAGAACGUUGCAGGAUCGGAUUCGGAGCUGCAUCGGAUGGAGAAAAGGUUGCCCGCGAAAAGUUCUGCGGUCGAGACACACGGUUACUACUAAACGCUCUGUUAUAUAAAUAACGAAUAAAUUUUUAUUUCGUCGUUACAUCAUCGAUGGCCGAUUAGAGAAGAUAUAAAGAGUAACGCGAGUCGACCGGAAGUCGGUUCGCGAAGGACAGCCCGACGCGGGCAGCGGUCUGUCGACGAAUUUGCGACGUAACGGCGCACACGUUUCGUAUGCCUCGCGGGACGUGGAAAAGGAGUAACGUCUAGAUGUUUCUUUUUAUUGAUGUGAAAAAUAUACAAUAGAUGCGUGAUAUGCGUACGUAAAGGAG